AUGUUGAAGAGACCUGUUCAAAAAACAACAUCUAGAGAGAUGAAGAGCGACGAAGACGACGACGAUACCUUUUACUAUCGAUACGCCUCCGCUCCACCAUCACAACCACCACCCUCCUCCUCCGCCGUCACCAAAACCGGCGGAAGCGGAGGGCUAGCCCCAUCUAAAUCCACCGUCUACGUCUCAAACGUCGAUUACUCCCUCACAAACUCAGACCUCCACACAAUCUUCUCCACCUUCGGAAAAGUGGCCAAGGUCACCGUCCUCAAAGACCGCCAGAUCCGCCAAAGCCGUGGUGUCGCUUUCGUUCUGUUUGUUUCUCGGGAAGAUGCUAUUAAAGCUGCCAAAGGGAUAAAUGGAAAGGUUCUCAAUGGUCGAACCCUAAAGGCUUCGAUUGCCUCCGACAAUGGCCGCGCCUCGGAGUUUAUAAGGAGAAAGGUGUAUAAGGAUAAGAGUAGGUGUUAUGAGUGCGGGGAAAGUGGGCAUUUGUCGUAUGAGUGUCCGAAGAAUUUGUUGGGAAAGCGGGAAAGGCCGGUGCCGAAAAGGGCACGGAGAGGUGGUGGCGUUGGUGGUGGGGUUGGGGUUGAUCGGGGUGAAGGGGAGUGGGAGGAGGAUGGUGGUGGGGAGGUGUGGGAGGAGGAGAAUUGGGCGUCGGUGGUGGAUAAUGGGGCGGAUGAGAGGUUGUUGAUGAGAGAGGAUGAUGAUUUGGGGGAGAAAAAUAAGGGAAAGAGAGAAAAGAGAAAGGGUUAUUUUAGUGAUGAGAGUGAUGAAGAGGAGUGAUUGUGAAGUGGGGUUGAGUUUUGGACGCUUGGUUUGAUGUGGAUUAUUGAAGG